AUGAGACCUGAUACAAAGGCUGAUGACACCAUCGAGCAAGCUCGUCAAAAACUUAGAGAUAGGUUUGGUGUGGGAACUACUCAAGUUGGAGGUAAAGGUACAGCAAGAAGAAAGAAGAGAGCACAGAAACCAUCAACCGGUGUAGACGUAAAAAAACUCCAGGCAGUAACUUCUCGUUUUAGGUGCCAAACUUUUCCUGCUAUUGGUGAAGUGACAAUGAUGAGGAAGGAUGGUACUUGUCUUCACUUUUCAAACCCAAAAUUACAGGCUUCCGUUGCUACAAACACAUACAUCCUUACAGGUAACCCACAAGAAAAACUUAUCAAAGACUUACCUCAGCAAAUUAAUCCAAUGGAUCUGAGUGCAUUUCUAAACGAUCCAAAAUUCCAGAAGCUUUUAGAGGAAUCUCAGGCAAACCGAGUAAAGAUGGCAACGGGGGAAGAUGACGACAUCCCAGACUUAGUUGAGAAUUUCGAAGAUGUUGAAGAGUAA